CUUGCGGGGCGGUCACGGCGGCGCCGGGCCCGGGGCGCUCCGGCGGGAGCCGCUGCCCUUCACGGCGUGCGGGAGCUGAGGAGCGGCUGGCGAGGAGCUCGGGGACAGCCCCGAAAUUUGRUAUAAGAGGCCCGGUGUGCAGAGGCCAUGGGUUUGUCCGCGUCCUCCCCGGCUGCUGCAGAGCAGUCACCGAACACAUCCCGGCAGUAUCAGACGGCAUCUCCACCUUCAGAAUGUCCCAUGCAUCAGGAAAAAAUGAGCGGUUGUCCAAUGCACAUGAAGACUGCUGAUCACAGAAAUGAGAACACAGAUGAUGUUCCUGCACAUCAAGAAAGAGCUUAUGAGUUUGUAGCAUGUCCUGUGAAGUCUGGUGCAUCUCAAGGGAAAGAUGACAUAGAUCCCAGCAAUAUGAUGCCUCCUCCCAAUCAGCAGCCAUCCCCAGGUCAACCAUUUCCACUGUCAACUGUUAGAGAAGAAUCUUCCAUUCCUAGAGCACAUUCUGAUAAGAAAUGGGUCUACCCUUCAGAGCAGAUGUUCUGGAAUGCUAUGCUAAGAAAAGGGUGGAGGUGGAAGGACGAUGAUAUAACUAGUGAAGACAUGACCAACAUUAUUAAGAUUCAUAACCAAAAUAAUGAGCAAGCUUGGAAGGAGAUUUUGAAGUGGGAAGCUCUACAUGCUAUGGAAUGUCCAUGUGGGCCAUCGCUGAUGCGGUUUGGAGGCAAAGCUAAGGAGUACUCACCAAGAGCCAGAAUACGUUCAUGGAUGGGGUACGAGCUGCCGUUCGAUCGGCAUGACUGGAUAGUUGAUCGCUGUGGGAAGGAGGUGCGCUACGUGAUCGAUUACUACGAUGGCGGAGCAGUGGACAAGAACUACCAGUUCACCAUCCUGGACGUGCGCCCUGCGCUGGACUCGCUCUCGGCCGUCUGGGACAGRGUGAAGGUGGCCUGGUGGCGCUGGACUUCCUAACUGCUGCUCUGGUGUGUACUCGAAAAGUAACCACUUUCUUCCUAGAUGGACAUGAGAAUUACCCAGGACUUGAGAUAGACCUUCACUGCAGCUWUCACUGCUUUCAUCAUCACCACUGUUCUUUGGGGGUGGGAAGGAAGGCCAGCGAGAUCUCUUGUGAAGUACACCAAUGCYUUGUGGUGUUUCAGAUGGAAUAAUAAAGUUACAGUGGCAAAAACACGUAUCUUAAUUUUCUUAAGAAAUGGGAAACCUUUCUUACUUCAUCUCAGAUUCUGCAUAAGCUUGCCUUUUCUUAAGUUCGGUGCUGCACCAAAUACAUUACAAUUCUGAUUCUGACUGGAGUUUUGAGUAUUACUUGAUUAGUGAAAACUGGAAAUUUAGUAGUUUCACAUAAUUAAAAUAUUUGGAUACCUCCAUGAUGAAUAAAGGGUAAAAGAUCUGGACUUCUUCAAAUUUGGUGUUUUAUUAAUGCUAUAAAACUACGUAUUUGUUUUCACAUGGACAUUUUACCUAUUCAAAUACAUACUUCCUCAGAAAAUGUCAGUUAAUCAGUUAAAGGAGGUGUAGUGUAGUAUGAGUAUUUUAAAGGUAUGUUAUGUAGAAAAGGAGAAUAUACUCAUGCCUUAAUCUGCAAUUUAUCUUUGAGCAGAACAUCAUUAGAAGCAGGAAAUUGUCACUUUUAAAACAGCAUUUCUAAAAGGACAUUAAAUUGAUAUUUAAUGGCUAUUUAUUUGAGUAUUUAAAAAGUGGUUUUCUGAUGUAAGAAAAUAUGUCAUUUUAAUAUUUUCCUGUCCUUUAUGUGUGUCAUGUCAUGAAUUCAGGACAGGGCUAAGCCUUAUUUAAAGCAACUCAUGCAAUGCAUCUGUAUUUGGCAUCCUGGCUGAAUUAAUGGUAUUACAGCAUGCUUUUUUUUUAUUUAAUAAGGAAUUGCACAAGGGGUGUGACUACAGAGUCACACAUGUGAGUAUAGUGAGGUGUAUUACAAGUGUGUGUAUAAUUAUAUAACUAGGCUGAAAGGGUAGCAAAAGUGCCAAGGGAGAAUUUGAUUGGAGUKUAUUCUAAGAGCCAUUCAUGGCCUAAAGAUUUGUUUAAUGUUUGUGCUUAAUAAGGGAAACUAACCUUAGUUUUAAAGUUAGCUUUUCCACUGUAACAGCAUUAAGUUUGCACGACUCAGUAGGUUUCAGGUGCUGGCAAAACACUUGGGAAUGGAAAGGCAUGAGUAUCACAUUGUAGCUCUUCAAAUGGGGGAAGCUGCCUUCUUGAAACUCCCCAACCAUAAUGGGGAUCUAGCUAUAGAUGUACAUUUCRUUUUCUGAAAGUGGCUUAUGUUUAACUGAAAUUGGAAACUAUUUUUAAGAGGAAGCCYCUCUCAAUGUUUCAGGAAUGUCACUUUCCAUCUAGGGAAAAAUUAGAGAAGCUUUCCUACUUUAGAAUUCUAAUGYUUAUGAAUAGUUCCCACUUCAGGGACAAUUGUCAUGCAUGGUAGGAAURAAUAUCCAGAAUCCUAAGAGGAAAACCAUGCUUUUACCCAUAAUCAUUUUGCUUAAUCCUUUUUCACCUUUACAGUGGUUCAUAUAUAUAUAUAUGUAUAUAUAUAUAUAUAUAUGAUAAAUAGGGAAGAAAAAACUCCAUCUGAGUAGGCAAUGUGUAUAUGAGAUAUGAAAAGUGUGAGCUUGGAUGAAGUAGACAUGACAAUGAAGAAACUGCUCUGUUCUAGCAGUAAAGAUUGAGGAGUACUGCUUUUUCCCAUGGUGGGCUGUUUGGGUUUCAAUUUUUUUUUUGUAGUUGGUUGUUUAUGCAUUCAGCAAUUUGAUACACUGAGAAUUCUGUAUUUCUCAUAACUAGGUAUGGAYGGGUACACCACUGUAGGGAGUACUUCAGAAGCUUAAAAAAAAUGGUUUGCUUUGUUGAUUUUGGCAGUGUGAUGUUGAGAGCGUUACGGAAAUUGUAAUUGCUGCUAAAUUUGGGGAAACUCUCACAAGCCACUUCAUGUGUUUAUUAUCUCCUGUUAUGUUCCAUCUUCCAUAGAUUCAAAAUUGUUCUUUUCUGGGCUACUGUUAAUGAAAUGUACGACUUCAUCAAACUAAAAGGAGAAUCAAAUAAAUAUACUUUUCUUACCACUGG